GAGUUGCACUGCUCCUCUGGAGAGCAAACAGUCAGCUCAACGGACGAGAGUCUCACAACAAAACUCAAUCACACAAGCUGAUCAGCAUCAUCUCUAUCUGACCCAUCCAGAACCCUUCACAGAAGGAAGAUAUCAGAUAGAAGAUAAUGACCUAAGAGUUGCCUUUUUGCAGAUAUUUGAAAUUCCAUAGAAAGACUGUGGAAUACAGCGCUCUGAAUUCUGUAUUCCAGGGCUGUCUAUUCCAAUGCUUUUGUGGACAAUGGGGAAUAACUGGUUGUUACUGUAUGCCCUUUUGGGUAUAAUGGCUUUUGGUCUAUUCCCAAAACUUGAAGCUCAGGAUGCCCCCGGGUCUGCCGACCUUAUACUCUUAAUUGACGGAUCAGAGAGCGUUGGAGCUGCCAACUUCCCCUUCGUCAGUGAUUUGGCUGUCCAAGUGAUUGAGGGGCUUGCCGUGGGCAAGGACGCAAUCCGUGUAGCCCUCGUGCUUUAUGGUGCCGAUCCCGAGAUUCAAUUCUAUCUCAAUAGAUAUGACAACAAAGAGAGUGUCCUCAGUGCUAUCCGGGGGCUUAGGUACCCUGGUGGGAUUGAGUCAAAUCUGGGGGCCGCCUUGGAGGAGGUGGUAGACAGUCUAUUGGGCCAAGAUGCAGGAGGCAGGGCAGCGGAAGGGGUCCCCCAGGCACUGGUGGUAAUCAGUGCUGGGGAGUCCACUGAUGAUGUCAGUCAGGGCGAGAGGGCCCUAAAGCAGGCCAAUGUGCUCACCUUUGGUAUUGCUGUGGGUGAAUCUGCAACUACCCAACUGGAAGCUAUUGCUACAGACAAACGCUUCGUUCUGUCCGCUCCUGAUGUCAGAACAGUGGCAAGCAUGGUUGACCAGAUACUGCCAUACAUUAAUGGGGUCAGCGAUCGCUCCAUUGUGAUUCAAACAGAUUUCACAGAAGCUUUGGCUGUUGGGAAAAGAGAUAUAAUUUUCCUCAUUGACAGUAGCAUGGGUGCCACCUCAAUCAAUGCAGUGCGAGAAUUCAUCAAAAGGUUUAUUGACACCAUGCCAAUUGGACCUGAUCAGGUGCAGGUCGGAGUGGCCAUGUUUUCCACCACCGCAAGGUCGGAGAUCAACCUCAACUCAUAUAGUUCAAAAGAAUCGCUAAGCUCUGCUCUCGCAAGAAUAAAACCCAAACCUUCUGUUGAAGUCAACAUCGGGGCUGCCCUGGAUUUUGUGAGAACUACCAUGCUCAGACCCGAGAGUGGGAGCCGCAUUCAAGAUCAAGUGACACAGCUUGUGCUUCUCCUGACCAGUAAAAAAUCUAAAGACAGUGUCCAACAGCCAGUUGAAGCACUUCAGCAAAUGGGUGUUCUAACUUUGGCUGCAGGCUCUAAAGCAGCCGAUGAGGCCGAGCUCAGGCAAAUAGCUUUUGAUGAAACUGGGGUUUUCAUCCUGAAGGACUUCAGGGGGUUGCUGCGCAACCCCAGAGAAAUUAUAUACUAUCUCUCUACAUUGACUGGUGCUGUUGUGACAGAGGGUCCAACCGAAACAGGCCCAUUUGUGGAUGUUACUACAGUCCACACCCAAAAAGUUGUCAGAGACAUUGUCUUCUUAGUGGAUGGAUCUACCUACGUUGGAUAUAACUUACAACCUGUGCAGGACUUCAUCACUGGCGUGGUAAACAGACUAGACGUUCGACCUGAGCGAGUGCGCAUUGGAUUAAUGCAGUUUGCUGAGGGGCAGAAAAAUGAAUUUUAUCUGAACACUCACAACACCAAACAGGAUGUUCUCUCUGCCAUUGCUCAGCUACGUUUGAUGGGAGGACGUGCAUUAAACACUGGUGCAGCCCUACAGUAUGCCCUAGCCAACCACUUCCAGCCCUCAGCUGGGUCUCGUAGGAGACAGGGGAUCCAGCAGGUACUGGUACUAAUAACAGGAGGACCAUCUCAAGAUGAAGUCAAGAGGAUUGCUGACCGUGUAGCCAUAGAGGGUGUUUUGACUUUUGCUGUUGGAGCUGGCCAAGUGGAAGAGAGUUUCCUUAAAACUGUUGCUUUUGUUGAAGAUUUGGCAUAUUACAGAAGAAACUUUGCUGAUUUGUCAAGUGUUGUUGACGAGAUUAUGACACCAUUGAUCACUGUUGUUGGAGAGACUGAUACAACAAUAACAGUAACACCAGGGCCCUCCGGGGGAGAAAGGGAUGUUGCAUUCUUGAUCGACGGCUCUGAUGAUGUCCGAGGAGACUUUCCCUAUAUCCGCAACUUCAUUUCCAAAGUAAUUGAGCCUUUGGAUAUAGGCUUUAAUAAAGUGCGAGUUUCUGUGGUCCAGCAUAGCGAGAGCCCAAGUCCUAGCUUCUACCUGAACACUUACCAAACCAAAGAUGAGGUGCUGAGAGCUGUAAAUGGACUCACUCUGACAGGUGGCAGAAGUUUGAAUACUGGUGCUGCCUUGACUUUCAUGAAAAACACCAUCUUGUCACCAGCAUUUGGUAGUCGAUCUGGUGAAAAUGUUCCCCAAUUUUUGAUCGUUUUGACGGGGGGAAGAUCAAGAGAUAGUGUCAGAGAACCCGCGGUAGCCCUAAAGACUGAUGGAGUUGUACCUUUUGGUGUUGGAGUGAAAAAUGCAGAUCCUAAACAGAUUGAGGCCAUCUCUCACAAUCCAUCAUUUGCUUUCAAUGUGAAGGAAUUCAGCCAGCUCAACACAGUUCAGGAAAGGCUCAAGAACUAUGUGAACCUUCCAGAUCAAGAACUGAAGGUCUUUCUAGAGAGAGGAAUUAACAAACGGGAUAUAGUUUUUCUCCUUGAUGGCUCAGAUGACUCCAGAAAUGGAUUUCUUGCCGUCCGUGAGUUUAUUAGGAGAAUGGUAGAGGAUCUUGCCAUUGACCAGGACAUUGUUCGAGUUGCUGUAAUACAGUACAGUGAAGAUACUACGACUCAUUUCCUACUUAAUAGUUACAAUAGUAAGAAAGCUGUAAUUUAUGCUAUUAAUGGCCUCACAGCAAAAGGUGGAAGAAAUCUAAAUACUGGGGCAGCGUUACAGUAUGUCAGGGACCAUGUUUUCAUUACGUCUUCUGGAAGUAGACAUCAGCUAGGAGUCCCUCAGCUGUUGAUUUUUAUGACUGGUGGAGGGUCCAGUGAUGAUGUGGCAGGUCCUGCUGAAGAUCUCAAAAACUUUGGAGUUCUGUCCAUUGCCAUUGGAAUACAGAAUGUCGUAGAGGCAGAGCUCCAAAGCAUAGCAUUUUCACCUAGAUUUAUUUUUAAUCUUCCAGUUUUUGGUGAACUUUUACAUAUACAGCCUGAUAUCCUCUCCUUUAUCAAAUCCAAAAUGGAAAUAGGACCCCCUACUAUCAUUGGUAAGAAUAACUACACUCCUCAAAGAGACAUUGUCUUUAUUCUGGAUGGGUCUGAUGACACCAGGGAUGAGUUUAAACAGAUGUGUCAGUUUGUUCAAAGAGUCGUGGACAAACUCAAUAUCGGGCUCAGUGGAGAUAGAGUGUCUUUAGUCCAAUACAGCAGAGAGCCACGUGUCCAUUUUUACCUGAACACACAUGCAACAAAGCAAGAAGUUCUCAAUUCAAUUGAGACACUGCAACACCAGGGAGGAAAUCCCCUCAAUACAGGAAGAGCCCUUGAUUAUACAAAAAAGAACAUGUUCACUGCUUCUUCUGGGAGCAGACUCCUGGAUGGGGUUCCUCAGAUUCUUGUGCUUGUGACUGGAGGAAGGUCUCAAGAUGAUGUUAGAGCUCCAGCUGCAGCUCUGAAACUGGACCAAAUUGUACCAUUUAGUAUUGGCAAUCAAAAUGCAGAUGUUAUUCAACUCCAGGCAAUCUCGUAUACUCCUGGUCAUACCCUUACUGUUCCUCAGUUUGAUGACCUUCAAACCAUUGAGCAGAAACUUUUAUCAUAUAUAAAAAUAGUUCCUCGUCAGCCUAGGAGGAUUCCACCAACUGCAACAGGUGCUGGAAAAAGAGAUGUUGUUUUUUUAAUCGAUGCCUCUGAUGGUACAAAGGAAGAUUUCUUAUUAAUAAAAAACUUUGUUCAGACCCUGGUUCAGAAACUGGAUGUGGCACCAAAUAAAGAUCGUAUUUCAGUGGUCCAGUACAGUGAUGAUGCAGCUUUUGAUUUUCUUUUGAAUACACAUUCAUCAUCAGACGAUGUUAUAAAUCAUGUGAAACGUCUAAUUCAUAAAGGAGGAAAGCUGCGUCUCACUGGGACAGCCUUACAGUAUGUAAAGGACAACAUGUUUACUGCUGCUGCAGGAAGUAGAUAUUUGGAGGGUGUGACACAGUUCCUAAUUCUGAUGAGUUCUGGAAGAUCUAAUGAUGACAUACGUGGUCCAGUCAAAGCUUUGAAAGAUAUCGGUGUCAUUUCAUUAAGUAUUGGCACCACAAAUGCUGAUACACUUGAGUUACAAAUAAUAUCCCAUCAACCAAACUACUUUUUCAUUUCUGAAUUUGAGAACAUUCUUGAUGUUCAAGAUAAUAUAUUCGCAUUAAUAAAAGAGGUAUCUUACCAAUGGCUACCAACAAUGGCUCCUCAGGUCUCUGGUAAGAGGGAUGUUGCAUUUCUUAUUGAUGGCUCUGACGAUUCUAAAAUUGGUUUUGAAGCAAUUCGCAAUUUUAUCCAGAGGGUAGUUGAGAGUCUAAAUGUGGAGGAAGAUCUUGAUAGGGUGGCGGUUGUUCAGUACAGUCGGGAUCCCACAGCUAAUUUUUAUCUCAGCUCAUACUCAACCAAAAAAGAGGUACUAAAUUCCAUACGUUCUAUGAGGCACAAAAGUGGAAGGCCAUUGAACACUGGAGCUGCUCUAAUGUUUAUUAAAGAAAAUAUAUUUACACAAUCCUCUGGAAGCAGACGUCAUGAAGGUGUACCUCAGAUUCUGUACUUAUUUAGCGGUGGUAGAUCUGGUGAUGAUGUCAGAAUCAUUUCACAGAGUUUAAGAGAAAACAACAUACAAGUAUUUACAAUUGGCACAAGAAAUGCAGAUACACUUGAGUUACAGACAAUGUCUUCAACUCCAGCCUAUGCUUUCUCUGUUCCUGACUUUACCUCCAUCAACAGUAUUGUCCAAAGGGUUACCUCUGUUUUGACAAGUGAUGAUGAAAUUCCUGAGCAAUUUCCCACUCCCCAGGGCCAGGCUUUCAAUGCAAGAAGAAAUAUUGUGUUUCUUAUUGACGGAUCGGAUAAUGCUAGUGAUAGAUUCACAACUAUACGAGAAUUUGUGGCAAGUUUGGCAGAAACAUUUGAUGUUGGUCAAGAAAAAGAUCAAAUUGCUGUUGUGCAGUUCAGUAAUACUGCAGCAACAAGCUUUAAUCUCAGUACAUACUCAUCCUCUUCUGAGGUGGCAGAUGCUGUACGCAACCUCAAACCAAUUGGGGGAAGGCCACAAUAUAUUGGCCAGGCUCUACAAUUUGUUGGAGACAAUAUUUUUAGCCCUAGAGUUGGAAGUCAGCAAAUAGACAGUGUUAGUCAAAAUAUUGUGCUUGUGGCUGGUGGCAGAUCAAGAGAUUCUCCUCGUGGACCAGCUAAUGCUCUAAAGAGUAUGGGAGUAGCCAUUUUUGCCAUUGGGUCAAGGCUGACAGAUCCCAUUGAAAUGGAAGCAAUUUCUUCUCGGAAAGAUUAUGCCAUUGCUGUUUAUGAUUUUCAUGAAUUAAAAAAUGUCCGUCAAACAAAUUCUAAUAAGAUGAAUACUUUAAAGCUGAAUAAUUUAAAUCUUUCUAAUCCUAUAAUUACUGUGAUUCUAGGCACAGGAUUUAAAAGGGAUAUUGCUUUUCUUGUGGAUGGUUCAGACAGUACAAGAAGAGGAUUUACAGAAAUACGUGAUUUUCUGUAUAACAUUAUCACAAAUGUUAAUGUGGGAAUUGAUAACGAUAGAAUCGCAAUAAUUCAAUACAGCAAUGUGGCUGUGGCAAAUUUUUAUUUCAAUUCAUUCUUAAGAAAGGAAGAUGUAUUGAAUGCAGUAAAAGUGCUUAGCCAUAAAGGUGGAAGGCCCUUGAACACAGGAUUUGCACUUCAAUACGUAAAGGAAAAUAUCUUUAUAAGCGCCUCAGGGAGCAGGCACAAAGAAGGUACCCCUCAAAUAUUAAUUCUUUUGACGAGUGGAAAGUCCAGGGACAGCAUUUCUGAAGCAGCCUUUGCUCUUAAAAAAAAUGGGGUAAUCAUAUAUGGAAUAGGAGGAAAGUACUCAGACUCCGAUGAAUUACAAACAAUUUCUUCUGAAAAUAAUGUGCUCCCAUUGGCUGACUUCAGUGAAUUACCAAAAAUCCAAGUACAGCUACUGGAAGCAAUGAAAUCUAAUCCAAGUUACAACAAAAGUGAAUUGAUAGCUGAGAGUGAUAGAAAGAGGAGAGACGUUGUCUUCCUGCUGGAUGGAUCGGAUGCCACUAGGAAUGGGUUCCCAGCAAUGAAAGAAUUUGUGCAAAGAAUGGUGGAGAAUUUGGAAGUGGCUGAGAACAGAGAUCACAUUUCUGUGGUCCAGUACAGCAGAGACCCAGAGGCACAUUUCUAUCUAAACACGUACAAGACAAAGGAAGAAAUUCUUGACAGUGUCAGAGGUCUGCGGCACAAAGGAGGCAGACCCCUCUACACGGGGGCAGCGCUCCAGUAUGUCAUAGACAAUGUCUUUGCUGCCUCCUCCGGCAGCAGGCGGUUGGAAGGUGUGCCGCAGAUACUGGUUUUGCUUAGCGGGGGAAGGUCAUUCGACAGUGUUGAGGCAGCAGCCUCCUCUCUGAAAGAGCUUGGCAUCUUGACUUUUGGAAUAGGAUCGAGGGGCUCUGAUAGCAGAGAACUGCAGAGAAUCUCAUACGACCCCAAUUAUGCUCUCUCCGUGUCCGACUUCAGUGAGCUUCCAAAUGUCCAAGAGCAGCUGCUGGCCUCUGUCCAGGCUGUUGCAAUGCCCAUCACUCCAACUUCACCGACUCUCACUGCUGAUGACACCAUACCCAGAAAGGACGUGGUGUUUUUGCUGGACGGUUCAGAUGGCACUAGAAAUACAUUCCCAGCAAUGCGUGAUUUUGUGCAAAGAGUAGUGGAGCAAUUCAACAUAGAGGCAAAGAGAGACUGUGUUUCUGUGGUGCAGUACAGUAGAGACGCUGAGGUCAAUUUCUAUCUGAAUACCUACGCAACAAGAGGGGAGAUCCUGAACACUGUCAGAGGUCUGAGGCAUAGAGGAGGGAGACCCCUCAACACGGGGGCAGCCCUCCAGUACGUGAGGGACAGUGUCUUCACCGCCUCUGCGGGGAGUAGAAAGCAAGAGGGUGUCCCUCAGAUUCUCAUCCUCCUCAGUGGAGGACGGUCAAGCGAUAACAUAGAUACACCUGCCUCCGCCCUAAAAGAGAGCGGAAUCUUGAUUUUUGGCAUCGGCACCAGAAAUUCGAGCAGAGAGGUGCAGAGAAUUGCCAACGACCCUACCUAUGCACAGCCCGUCAAUGAAUUCUCUGACCUUCCCAGUGUCCAGCAGCAGUUUAUCAGCUCCCUCAACAAUGUGCUUGUACAAGUCAAGCCGAUGGCACCUACUCGUGCCGUAGACACCAUAGGGAGGGAUGUGGUGUUCCUUCUGGAUGGCUCAGAUGGCACAAGGAGCUCUUUCCCUGCAAUGCGUGACUUUGUUGAGAGGAUGGUGGAGAGACUGAACGUGUCUGAGAAAAGAGACCAUGUGUCUGUGGUCCAGUACAGCAGAGAUCCAGAGGCCCAUUUCUAUCUUAACACAUACUCGAGGAAGGAGGACGUGCUUGACACGCUCAGGGGUCUGAGGCACAAAGGAGGGAGACCCCUCAACACAGGGGCAGCUCUGCAGUACGUGAGGGACAAUGUCUUCACUGCCUCCUCUGGAAGUAGACUUGGAGAAGGUGUGCCUCAGCUGCUGAUUCUGCUGAGUGGUGGAAAGUCAUUUGAUAAUGUUGACACACCAGCCUCAUCCCUGAAAGAGCUGGGAGUGCUUAUCUUUGCGAUAGGGUCAAGGAGCUCAGACAGCAGGGAACUCCAGAAGAUCUCCAAUGAGCCUAGCUAUGCACUCUCAGUGAGUGACUUUGCUGACCUUCCCAGUGUCCAACAGCAGCUUCUCACCAACAUUAACAUGGUCUUUGUAGAGGGAACGUCUAUCACCACCACAACGAUGGCUGAGGGCCGUAGACAGAGGAGAGACGUUGUCUUCCUGCUGGAUGGAUCGGAUGCCACUAGGAAUGGGUUCCCAGCAAUGAAAGAAUUUGUGCAAAGAAUGGUGGAGAAUUUGGAAGUGGCUGAGAACAGAGAUCACAUUUCUGUGGUCCAGUACAGCAGAGACCCAGAGGCACAUUUCUAUCUAAACACGUACAAGACAAAGGAAGAAAUUCUUGACAGUGUCAGAGGUCUGCGGCACAAAGGAGGCAGACCCCUCUACACGGGGGCAGCGCUCCAGUAUGUCAUAGACAAUGUCUUUGCUGCCUCCUCCGGCAGCAGGCGGUUGGAAGGUGUGCCGCAGAUACUGGUUUUGCUUAGCGGGGGAAGGUCAUUUGACAGUGUUGAGGCAGCAGCCUCCUCUCUGAAAGAGCUUGGCAUCUUGACUUUUGGAAUAGGAUCGAGGGGCUCUGAUAGCAGAGAAUUGCAGAGAAUUUCAUACGACCCCAAUUAUGCUCUGUCUGUGUCCGACUUCAGCGAGCUUCCAAAUGUUCAAGAGCAGCUGCUUGCCUCUGUCAAGGCUGUUUCAAUUCCCAUCACUCCAACUUCACAGACUGUUACCGCUGAUUACGUCACACCCAGAAAGGACAUAGUCUUUCUGCUGGACGGUUCAGAUGGCACUAGGAAUUCUUUCCCAGCUAUGCGUGAUUUCGUGCAGAGAGUAGUGGAGCAACACACCAUAGAGGCAAACAGAGACCGUGUUUCUGUGGUCCAGUACAGUAGAGAAGCCGAGGUCCAUUUCUAUCUAAAUAGCUACACGACAAAGGAAGAGGUUCUUGACCGUGUCAGAGGUCUGAGACACAAAGGAGGUAGACCCCUCUACACAGGGGCAGCUCUCCAGUACGUCAGAGACAAUGUAUUUACUGCCCCCUCCGGCAGCAGACGGUUGGAGGGUGUGCCGCAGAUACUGAUCUUGCUUAGCGGGGGAAGGUCAUUCGACAGUGUUGAGGCAGCAGCGUCCUCUCUGAAAGAGCUUGGCGUCUUGACCUUUGGAAUUGGAUCGCGGGGCUCUGAUAGCAGAGAACUGCAGAGAAUCUCAUACGACCCCAAUUAUGCUCUCUCCGUGUCCGACUUCAGUGAGCUUCCAAAUGUCCAAGAGCAGCUGCUGGCCUCUGUCCAGGCUGUUGCAAUGCCCAUCACUCCAACUUCACCGACUCUCACUGCUGAUGACACCAUACCCAGAAAGGACGUGGUGUUUUUGCUGGACGGUUCAGAUGGCACUAGAAAUACAUUCCCAGCAAUGCGUGAUUUUGUGCAAAGAGUAGUGGAGCAAUUCAACAUAGAGGCAAAGAGAGACCGUGUUUCUGUGGUGCAGUACAGUAGAGACGCUGAGGUCAAUUUCUAUCUGAAUACCUACGCAACAAGAGGGGAGAUCCUGAACACUGUCAGAGGUCUGAGGCAUAGAGGAGGGAGACCCCUCAACACGGGGGCAGCCCUCCAGUACGUGAGGGACAGUGUCUUCACCGCCUCUGCGGGGAGUAGAAAGCAAGAGGGUGUCCCUCAGAUUCUCAUCCUCCUCAGUGGAGGACGGUCAAGCGAUAACAUAGAUACACCUGCCUCCGCCCUAAAAGAGAGCGGAAUCUUGAUUUUUGGCAUCGGCACCAGAAAUUCGAGCAGAGAGGUGCAGAGAAUUGCCAACGACCCUACCUAUGCACAGCCCGUCAAUGAAUUCUCUGACCUUCCCAGUGUCCAGCAGCAGUUUAUCAGCUCCCUCAACAAUGUGCUUGUACAAGUCAAGCCGAUGGCACCUACUGUGGCGGCUGAGCGAAGGAUGGCCAGGAGGGAUGUGGUGUUCCUUCUGGAUGGCUCAGAUGGCACAAGGAGCUCUUUCCCUGCAAUGCGUGACUUUGUUGAGAGGAUGGUGGAGAGACUGAACGUGUCUGAGAAAAGAGACCAUGUGUCUGUGGUCCAGUACAGCAGAGAUCCAGAGGCCCAUUUCUAUCUUAACACAUACUCGAGGAAGGAGGACGUGCUUGACACGCUCAGGGGUCUGAGGCACAAAGGAGGGAGACCCCUCAACACAGGGGCAGCUCUGCAGUACGUGAGGGACAAUGUCUUCACUGCCUCCUCUGGAAGUAGACUUGGAGAAGGUGUGCCUCAGCUGCUGAUUCUGCUGAGUGGUGGAAAGUCAUUUGAUAAUGUUGACACACCAGCCUCAUCCCUGAAAGAGCUGGGAGUGCUUAUCUUUGCGAUAGGGUCAAGGAGCUCAGACAGCAGGGAACUCCAGAAGAUCUCCAAUGAGCCUAGCUAUGCACUCUCAGUGAGUGACUUUGCUGACCUUCCCAGUGUCCAACAGCAGCUUCUCACCAACAUUAACAUGGUCUUUGUAGAGGGAACGUCUAUCACCACCACAACGAUGGCUGAGGGCCGUAGACAGAGGAGAGACGUUGUCUUCCUGCUGGAUGGAUCGGAUGCCACUAGGAAUGGGUUCCCAGCAAUGAAAGAAUUUGUGCAAAGAAUGGUGGAGAAUUUGGAAGUGGCUGAGAACAGAGAUCACAUUUCUGUGGUCCAGUACAGCAGAGACCCAGAGGCACAUUUCUAUCUAAACACGUACAAGACAAAGGAAGAAAUUCUUGACAGUGUCAGAGGUCUGCGGCACAAAGGAGGCAGACCCCUCUACACGGGGGCAGCGCUCCAGUAUGUCAUAGACAAUGUCUUUGCUGCCUCCUCCGGCAGCAGGCGGUUGGAAGGUGUGCCGCAGAUACUGGUUUUGCUUAGCGGGGGAAGGUCAUUUGACAGUGUUGAGGCAGCAGCCUCCUCUCUGAAAGAGCUUGGCAUCUUGACUUUUGGAAUAGGAUCGAGGGGCUCUGAUAGCAGAGAAUUGCAGAGAAUUUCAUACGACCCCAAUUAUGCUCUGUCUGUGUCCGACUUCAGCGAGCUUCCAAAUGUUCAAGAGCAGCUGCUUGCCUCUGUCAAGGCUGUUUCAAUUCCCAUCACUCCAACUUCACAGACUGUUACCGCUGAUUACGUCACACCCAGAAAGGACAUAGUCUUUCUGCUGGACGGUUCAGAUGGCACUAGGAAUUCUUUCCCAGCUAUGCGUGAUUUCGUGCAGAGAGUAGUGGAGCAACACACCAUAGAGGCAAACAGAGACCGUGUUUCUGUGGUCCAGUACAGUAGAGAAGCCGAGGUCCAUUUCUAUCUAAAUAGCUACACGACAAAGGAAGAGGUUCUUGACCGUGUCAGAGGUCUGAGACACAAAGGAGGUAGACCCCUCUACACAGGGGCAGCUCUCCAGUACGUCAGAGACAAUGUAUUUACUGCCCCCUCCGGCAGCAGACGGUUGGAGGGUGUGCCGCAGAUACUGAUCUUGCUUAGCGGGGGAAGGUCAUUCGACAGUGUUGAGGCAGCAGCGUCCUCUCUGAAAGAGCUUGGCGUCUUGACCUUUGGAAUUGGAUCGCGGGGCUCUGAUAGCAGAGAACUGCAGAGAAUCUCAUACGACCCCAAUUAUGCUCUCUCCGUGUCCGACUUCAGUGAGCUUCCAAAUGUCCAAGAGCAGCUGCUGGCCUCUGUCCAGGCUGUUGCAAUGCCCAUCACUCCAACUUCACCGACUCUCACUGCUGAUGACACCAUACCCAGAAAGGACGUGGUGUUUUUGCUGGACGGUUCAGAUGGCACUAGAAAUACAUUCCCAGCAAUGCGUGAUUUUGUGCAAAGAGUAGUGGAGCAAUUCAACAUAGAGGCAAAGAGAGACCGUGUUUCUGUGGUGCAGUACAGUAGAGACGCUGAGGUCAAUUUCUAUCUGAAUACCUACGCAACAAGAGGGGAGAUCCUGAACACUGUCAGAGGUCUGAGGCAUAGAGGAGGGAGACCCCUCAACACGGGGGCAGCCCUCCAGUACGUGAGGGACAGUGUCUUCACCGCCUCUGCGGGGAGUAGAAAGCAAGAGGGUGUCCCUCAGAUUCUCAUCCUCCUCAGUGGAGGACGGUCAAGCGAUAACAUAGAUACACCUGCCUCCGCCCUAAAAGAGAGCGGAAUCUUGAUUUUUGGCAUCGGCACCAGAAAUUCGAGCAGAGAGGUGCAGAGAAUUGCCAACGACCCUACCUAUGCACAGCCCGUCAAUGAAUUCUCUGACCUUCCCAGUGUCCAGCAGCAGUUUAUCAGCUCCCUCAACAAUGUGCUUGUACAAGUCAAGCCGAUGGCACCUACUGUGGCGGCUGAGCGAAGGAUGGCCAGGAGGGAUGUGGUGUUCCUUCUGGAUGGCUCAGAUGGCACAAGGAGCUCUUUCCCUGCAAUGCGUGACUUUGUUGAGAGGAUGGUGGAGAGACUGAACGUGUCUGAGAAAAGAGACCAUGUGUCUGUGGUCCAGUACAGCAGAGAUCCAGAGGCCCAUUUCUAUCUUAACACAUACUCGAGGAAGGAGGACGUGCUUGACACGCUCAGGGGUCUGAGGCACAAAGGAGGGAGACCCCUCAACACAGGGGCAGCUCUGCAGUACGUGAGGGACAAUGUCUUCACUGCCUCCUCUGGAAGUAGACUUGGAGAAGGUGUGCCUCAGCUGCUGAUUCUGCUGAGUGGUGGAAAGUCAUUUGAUAAUGUUGACACACCAGCCUCAUCCCUGAAAGAGCUGGGAGUGCUUAUCUUUGCGAUAGGGUCAAGGAGCUCAGACAGCAGGGAACUCCAGAAGAUCUCCAAUGAGCCUAGCUAUGCACUCUCAGUGAGUGACUUUGCUGACCUUCCCAGUGUCCAACAGCAGCUUCUCACCAACAUUAACAUGGUCUUUGUAGAGGGAACGUCUAUCACCACCACAACGAUGGCUGAGGGCCGUAGACAGAGGAGAGACGUUGUCUUCCUGCUGGAUGGAUCGGAUGCCACUAGGAAUGGGUUCCCAGCAAUGAAAGAAUUUGUGCAAAGAAUGGUGGAGAAUUUGGAAGUGGCUGAGAACAGAGAUCACAUUUCUGUGGUCCAGUACAGCAGAGACCCAGAGGCACAUUUCUAUCUAAACACGUACAAGACAAAGGAAGAAAUUCUUGACAGUGUCAGAGGUCUGCGGCACAAAGGAGGCAGACCCCUCUACACGGGGGCAGCGCUCCAGUAUGUCAUAGACAAUGUCUUUGCUGCCUCCUCCGGCAGCAGGCGGUUGGAAGGUGUGCCGCAGAUACUGGUUUUGCUUAGCGGGGGAAGGUCAUUUGACAGUGUUGAGGCAGCAGCCUCCUCUCUGAAAGAGCUUGGCAUCUUGACUUUUGGAAUAGGAUCGAGGGGCUCUGAUAGCAGAGAAUUGCAGAGAAUUUCAUACGACCCCAAUUAUGCUCUGUCUGUGUCCGACUUCAGCGAGCUUCCAAAUGUUCAAGAGCAGCUGCUUGCCUCUGUCAAGGCUGUUUCAAUUCCCAUCACUCCAACUUCACAGACUGUUACCGCUGAUUACGUCACACCCAGAAAGGACAUAGUCUUUCUGCUGGACGGUUCAGAUGGCACUAGGAAUUCUUUCCCAGCUAUGCGUGAUUUCGUGCAGAGAGUAGUGGAGCAACACACCAUAGAGGCAAACAGAGACCGUGUUUCUGUGGUCCAGUACAGUAGAGAAGCCGAGGUCCAUUUCUAUCUAAAUAGCUACACGACAAAGGAAGAGGUUCUUGACCGUGUCAGAGGUCUGAGACACAAAGGAGGUAGACCCCUCUACACAGGGGCAGCUCUCCAGUACGUCAGAGACAAUGUAUUUACUGCCCCCUCCGGCAGCAGACGGUUGGAGGGUGUGCCGCAGAUACUGAUCUUGCUUAGCGGGGGAAGGUCAUUCGACAGUGUUGAGGCAGCAGCGUCCUCUCUGAAAGAGCUUGGCGUCUUGACCUUUGGAAUUGGAUCGCGGGGCUCUGAUAGCAGAGAACUGCAGAGAAUCUCAUACGACCCCAAUUAUGCUCUCUCCGUGUCCGACUUCAGUGAGCUUCCAAAUGUCCAAGAGCAGCUGCUGGCCUCUGUCCAGGCUGUUGCAAUGCCCAUCACUCCAACUUCACCGACUCUCACUGCUGAUGACACCAUACCCAGAAAGGACGUGGUGUUUUUGCUGGACGGUUCAGAUGGCACUAGAAAUACAUUCCCAGCAAUGCGUGAUUUUGUGCAAAGAGUAGUGGAGCAAUUCAACAUAGAGGCAAAGAGAGACCGUGUUUCUGUGGUGCAGUACAGUAGAGACGCUGAGGUCAAUUUCUAUCUGAAUACCUACGCAACAAGAGGGGAGAUCCUGAACACUGUCAGAGGUCUGAGGCAUAGAGGAGGGAGACCCCUCAACACGGGGGCAGCCCUCCAGUACGUGAGGGACAGUGUCUUCACCGCCUCUGCGGGGAGUAGAAAGCAAGAGGGUGUCCCUCAGAUUCUCAUCCUCCUCAGUGGAGGACGGUCAAGCGAUAACAUAGAUACACCUGCCUCCGCCCUAAAAGAGAGCGGAAUCUUGAUUUUUGGCAUCGGCACCAGAAAUUCGAGCAGAGAGGUGCAGAGAAUUGCCAACGACCCUACCUAUGCACAGCCCGUCAAUGAAUUCUCUGACCUUCCCAGUGUCCAGCAGCAGUUUAUCAGCUCCCUCAACAAUGUGCUUGUACAAGUCAAGCCGAUGGCACCUACUGUGGCGGCUGAGCGAAGGAUGGCCAGGAGGGAUGUGGUGUUCCUUCUGGAUGGCUCAGAUGGCACAAGGAGCUCUUUCCCUGCAAUGCGUGACUUUGUUGAGAGGAUGGUGGAGAGACUGAACGUGUCUGAGAAAAGAGACCAUGUGUCUGUGGUCCAGUACAGCAGAGAUCCAGAGGCCCAUUUCUAUCUUAACACAUACUCGAGGAAGGAGGACGUGCUUGACACGCUCAGGGGUCUGAGGCACAAAGGAGGGAGACCCCUCAACACAGGGGCAGCUCUGCAGUACGUGAGGGACAAUGUCUUCACUGCCUCCUCUGGAAGUAGACUUGGAGAAGGUGUGCCUCAGCUGCUGAUUCUGCUGAGUGGUGGAAAGUCAUUUGAUAAUGUUGACACACCAGCCUCAUCCCUGAAAGAGCUGGGAGUGCUUAUCUUUGCGAUAGGGUCAAGGAGCUCAGACAGCAGGGAACUCCAGAAGAUCUCCAAUGAGCCUAGCUAUGCACUCUCAGUGAGUGACUUUGCUGACCUUCCCAGUGUCCAACAGCAGCUUCUCACCAACAUUAACAUGGUCUUUGUAGAGGGAACGUCUAUCACCACCACAACGAUGGCUGAGGGCCGUAGACAGAGGAGAGACGUUGUCUUCCUGCUGGAUGGAUCGGAUGCCACUAGGAAUGGGUUCCCAGCAAUGAAAGAAUUUGUGCAAAGAAUGGUGGAGAAUUUGGAAGUGGCUGAGAACAGAGAUCACAUUUCUGUGGUCCAGUACAGCAGAGACCCAGAGGCACAUUUCUAUCUAAACACGUACAAGACAAAGGAAGAAAUUCUUGACAGUGUCAGAGGUCUGCGGCACAAAGGAGGCAGACCCCUCUACACGGGGGCAGCGCUCCAGUAUGUCAUAGACAAUGUCUUUGCUGCCUCCUCCGGCAGCAGGCGGUUGGAAGGUGUGCCGCAGAUACUGGUUUUGCUUAGCGGGGGAAGGUCAUUUGACAGUGUUGAGGCAGCAGCCUCCUCUCUGAAAGAGCUUGGCAUCUUGACUUUUGGAAUAGGAUCGAGGGGCUCUGAUAGCAGAGAAUUGCAGAGAAUUUCAUACGACCCCAAUUAUGCUCUGUCUGUGUCCGACUUCAGCGAGCUUCCAAAUGUUCAAGAGCAGCUGCUUGCCUCUGUCAAGGCUGUUUCAAUUCCCAUCACUCCAACUUCACAGACUGUUACCGCUGAUUACGUCACACCCAGAAAGGACAUAGUCUUUCUGCUGGACGGUUCAGAUGGCACUAGGAAUUCUUUCCCAGCUAUGCGUGAUUUCGUGCAGAGAGUAGUGGAGCAACACACCAUAGAGGCAAACAGAGACCGUGUUUCUGUGGUCCAGUACAGUAGAGAAGCCGAGGUCCAUUUCUAUCUAAAUAGCUACACGACAAAGGAAGAGGUUCUUGACCGUGUCAGAGGUCUGAGACACAAAGGAGGUAGACCCCUCUACACAGGGGCAGCUCUCCAGUACGUCAGAGACAAUGUAUUUACUGCCCCCUCCGGCAGCAGACGGUUGGAGGGUGUGCCGCAGAUACUGAUCUUGCUUAGCGGGGGAAGGUCAUUCGACAGUGUUGAGGCAGCAGCGUCCUCUCUGAAAGAGCUUGGCGUCUUGACCUUUGGAAUUGGAUCGCGGGGCUCUGAUAGCAGAGAACUGCAGAGAAUCUCAUACGACCCCAAUUAUGCUCUCUCCGUGUCCGACUUCAGUGAGCUUCCAAAUGUCCAAGAGCAGCUGCUGGCCUCUGUCCAGGCUGUUGCAAUGCCCAUCACUCCAACUUCACCGACUCUCACUGCUGAUGACACCAUACCCAGAAAGGACGUGGUGUUUUUGCUGGACGGUUCAGAUGGCACUAGAAAUACAUUCCCAGCAAUGCGUGAUUUUGUGCAAAGAGUAGUGGAGCAAUUCAACAUAGAGGCAAAGAGAGACCGUGUUUCUGGUCAGUACAGUAGAGACGCUGAGGUCAAUUUCUAUCUGAAUACCUACGCAACAAGAGGGGAGAUCCUGAACACUGUCAGAGGUCUGAGGCAUAGAGGAGGGAGACCCCUCAACACGGGGGCAGCCCUCCAGUACGUGAGGGACAGUGUCUUCACCGCCUCUGCGGGGAGUAGAAAGCAAGAGGGUGUCCCUCAGAUUCUCAUCCUCCUCAGUGGAGGACGGUCAAGCGAUAACAUAGAUACACCUGCCUCCGCCCUAAAAGAGAGCGGAAUCUUGAUUUUUGGCAUCGGCACCAGAAAUUCGAGCAGAGAGGUGCAGAGAAUUGCCAACGACCCUACCUAUGCACAGCCCGUCAAUGAAUUCUCUGACCUUCCCAGUGUCCAGCAGCAGUUUAUCAGCUCCCUCAACAAUGUGCUUGUACAAGUCAAGCCGAUGGCACCUACUGUGGCGGCUGAGCGAAGGAUGGCCAGGAGGGAUGUGGUGUUCCUUCUGGAUGGCUCAGAUGGCACAAGGGGCUCUUUUCCUGCAAUGCGUGACUUUGUUGAGAGGAUGGUGGAGAGACUGAACGUGUCUGAGAAAAGAGACCAUGUGUCUGUGGUCCAGUACAGCAGAGAUCCAGAGGCCCAUUUCUAUCUUAACACAUACUCGAGGAAGGAGGACGUGCUUGACACGCUCAGGGGUCUGAGGCACAAAGGAGGGAGACCCCUCAACACAGGGGCAGCUCUGCAGUACGUGAGGGACAAUGUCUUCACUGCCUCCUCUGGAAGCAGACUUGUAGAAGGUGUGCCUCAGCUGCUGAUUCUGCUGAGUGGUGGAAAGUCAUUUGAUAAUGUUGACACACCAGCCUCAUCCCUGCAAGAGCUGGGCGUGCUUAUCUUUGCGAUAGGGUCAAGGAGCUCAGACAGCAGGGAACUCCAGAAGAUUUCCAAUGAGCCUAGUUAUGCACUUGCAGUGAGUGACUUUUCUGACCUUCCAAGUGUCCAACAGCAGCUUCUCACCAACAUUAAUACAGUACUUUUAGAGGGCUUGUCCAUCACUACUACUGAAAUAGUGGAGUCAGAGGGACCCAAAAAGGACAUCGUCUUUUUGAUUGAUGGCUCUGAAGGUGUUGGCAGAGAUUUCCCAAUUAUCCAGGAGUUUUUGCGCAGAGUUGUGGAGAAUCUCAAUGUUGGUGAGAACAAGAUUCGAGUUGGCGUGGUGCAGUAUGGAGAUUCUCCAUAUGCAGACAUAUACCUCAACUCACAUAGGACCAAAGAAGGUGUCCUAAAUCAGAUCAAGGAACUCCAACAACGUGGGGGGAGACAGCGCAACCUUGGUCAGGCCAUUGAUUUUGUUCGACGUGAAGUUUUGGUUUCUGGACUUGGUGGAAGGAAACAGGAGGGAGUUCCACAAUUUGUUGUUGUGGUUUCAGGAGGAAAAGCAACAGACAAUAUAAGACCAUCUGCAACUGCACUGAAACAGUCAGGCACUUUCCCCCUUAGCAUAGGAACAAGAGACGUGAGCCCUCAGGAAUUGCAAGUGACCUCCUAUGUCCCCAGAUUUGCCUACACAGUUGAUGACUUGCCUGGACUUUAUACAGUUCAGGACAAACUCAUCACCACCCUGACUGAGCUAUCUAGUGAGGAAUUAGCCAAUUUGCGCCCUGUAUACCCUACAGAUGCUACAAUUCCAGUACCUCCUGGAGAUAAGAGGGAUGUUGUUUUCCUUAUUGAUGGCACAACAAAGAUGCGCACUGAGUUCCCUGCCAUAAGAGACAUGGUUCAGCGAGUGGUGGAGAAGUUGGAUGUGGGUCUCGACAAUGUCAGGGUCUCAGUUGUGCAGUACAGUGAUGAUUCCAAAAGCGAAUUUCUCCUCAAUGAGUACUCCACCAAGGAUGAAGUUCGUCAAGCAAUACGAAGACUAAGAAGCAAAGGUGGCAAUCAGCUUAACACUGGUCAAGCUCUGGAAUUUGUAUCAAAGAACAUCUAUCAAAGAUCUGCCGGAAGCCGUGUAGAAGAGGGUGUGCCCCAGUUUCUCAUCCUGGUAACCGGGGGAAAGUCAAAUGAUGAUGUAUCUGGUCCUGCUAAACAACUGAAAUCAAACAAUGUUGCUCCCUUAGCAGUUGGAGCUCAUAAUGCUGAUGCAGAGGAGUUAAAAUUAAUUUCUUUUAGUCCGGAACUAACAUUCACCAUAAGGGACUUCCAGCAACUUCCAAGAGUGGAGCAACAGCUUUUGACCAAAGUCCGUACCAUGACCAAAAGUGAAAUUGCAAACCGCACACCAGUUGUUCUUAAUUUUGGAAGAAAGGACAUCAUCUUCCUCAUUGAUGGCACUGACAGUGUUGGACAAAGCGGUGUUGCUCACAUUCGUGACUUUAUCUUGAAAGUGGUUGAUCAGCUUGAUGUACAACCUGACCAAGUUCGCGUGGCUCUGGUACAGUAUGCUGAAAGACCUAAAACUGAGUUCUCUUUGAACUCCCACGACAACAAGCAAUCGGUCAUCUCUGCAAUCAAAAGACUGCGUCACAUGGGGGGACGUGGUGCCGACCUAGCUGAAGCAAUAAAGUAUGUGAUUCAAAAUGAGCUCAAGCCUUCUGCUGGGGUACGUCUUGGACAGGCUUCCCAGCACUUGGUUGUGCUCACUGGUGGAAGGUCAACAUCUGAUGUAUCUACUUAUGGCCAAAUUCUCAAAGGCUCUCGGGUCAAUUGUAUAGGAAUUGGUGCAGAAAAUGCAGACCCAAGACAGCUGGCACAGAUUACUACCACUUCUGAUGACUUUCUGCAAGUGACUACUUUCCCAAAUCUUCCAAACAUACAGAGCAAGUUUAUAGCAAGACUUAAUGGAACGAUUGGUGAAGAACCUCCCACUGACGAGCCAACAAAUGGACUCCCACAAGCCAAAGCUGCCGACAUUGUCUUUUUAGUUGAUGGCUCAAUCAAUCUUGGCAAGGACAAUUUCAAAGAGGUCAUGGAAUUUAUUCUUAAUUUAAUUGACCUGUUCUUUACAGAGAGAGACAAAAUUCAGAUUGGUCUAGCACAUUAUGCUACUGAUGUGACCGAUGUAUUCUACCUCAACACCUACAAAAAUAAGGAUGAUAUUAUCAAUGCUAUAACUCGAGCAGAGUACAAGGGAGGUAGAGAAAUUAAAACAGGCAAUGCCAUUCGCCAUGUUCAGAACACACAUUUUGUAAAAGAAAGAGGCAGUCGGAAGGAUGAGGGAAUUCCACAGAUUCUAAUGGUAGUCACUGGUGGACGGUCAAGGGAUGACAGCAAAACAGCAGCAUUAGGUCUCAAAGCCACUGGCGUGCGCAUUUAUGCUGUUGGGGUGGGAGAUAUUGAGGACGAACUCAAUAAUUUGGGCAGUGAAGCUACAACGGUGGCCCGAGCCAGCACCUUCCAAGAGCUCUCUGAGCUGAAUGAGCAGAUUUUGGAAACACUUGAUGAUGAUGUGAAAGGUAUUGGACUGUGCACUGGAGUAAAGGAUGCUACAAGAGCAUGCAAGUUGGAUGUUCUUGUGGGGUUUGACGUGGCUGCACAGAACAUUUUUGCUGCUCAGAGAUCAUUAGAUUCAAAGCUAUCUGCUAUUCUCGAACGCAUUACCCAGAUGCAGCCCAUCAGCUGCACUUCUGGCCAGGUUCCCUCAAUACAAGUGGGCAUGUUAGCGAUGGACUCUGCCUCGGAGCCUGUUCAGCUGGACUUCACCAACAGAUACACAGAGCUUCUUGAGCCCUUCAGGGCCCUUCGGAAUCGUGGACCUUUUGUUCUGAAUGGUGCCACAAUCAAGGCUUAUGCUGAUAGAUUCAAGAAUCAGCCUUCAGACAGUAUCAAGGUUGUGAUCCACUUAACUGAUGGAUUAGAUGUCCAGUACAACAUUCUGAAAGAGCAAGUUGAAAAGAUGCGUUUAGCAGGUGUUAGUAGUUUCAUUCUUGUUGCACUGGAGAGAGUGCCACGAUUUGAAGAUGCAGUUCUCUUGGAAUUUGGCCGUGGCUUCAGGUACACACGACCUCUGCGAGUCAACCUCAUGGACUUGGAUUAUGAGCUUCUAGAAGAACUGGAUAACAUUGCUGAGCGGGAAUGCUGUUCUGUUCCAUGCAAGUGUAAUGGCCAGAGAGGGGACAGAGGAGCUGUUGGUGUUCCUGGACCAAAGGGUCAAUCCGGUGGUCCGGGCUUCAGUGGACAUCCUGGUGAUGAAGGUGGUCCGGGAGAGAGAGGUCCACCUGGUGUAAAUGGAACUCAAGGAUUCCAAGGAUGUCCAGGUCAAAGAGGUGUUAAAGGAUCUCGAGGAUACAAUGGUGAAAAGGGUGAAAUUGGAGAGAUUGGUUUAGAUGGAAUCAAUGGAGAAGAGGGAACAAGGGGUGUUGUGGGGCCUCCAGGAGAUAGUGGAAACCCUGGCCAACGGGGGCCUAAAGGGGCCAAAGGCCAAGCAGGAGAUGUUGGUCAGACUGGAAUACGUGGUGAUCCAGGCACCCCUGGAAGUGACAACAACCAAAGGGGACCAAAAGGCGACCCAGGCGAUGCUGGCCCAGCGGGAGAGCCAGGGGUGGAUGGAACUAAAGGAGGUCCUGGUGAACCAGGCAGACGGGGCUCUGAUGGUAGAAGGGGGCCUCCCGGUCAAGCUGGUGUUGCUGGAAGACCCGGAAGUGAUGGUUUAGCAGGCGAGACAGGAAUUGGAGGACCUCGGGGUCCCGCUGGACCAAUUGGAGCACCUGGUAUUAGAGGAGAGGAUGGAAACCCUGGUCCAAGGGGACCAGGAGGACUGCCAGGAUCUGCUGGAGAAAAGGGUAGAAGAGGUGCUGUUGGCCGCAAGGGUGAACCAGGGGACCCAGGACCUAAAGGUGUUUUGGGACCCCAGGGACCCCGUGGGGAGCCUGGUGAGGAUGGACGAGAUGGGUUUGGUGUACCUGGUCCUAAAGGAAGAAAGGGUGAUGAAGGUUUCCCUGGUUUCCCUGGUCCAAAGGGUGAGGCAGGUGACCCUGGUUCAAAAGGAGGACCUGGACCUAGAGGAAACAAUGGCCAGAGGGGUACCUCAGGAGGACGUGGUGGUCCUGGUCAAAAGGGAGAUAUUGGAUACCCAGGGCCCUAUGGCCUUAAAGGACCCAGAGGAGUUGGUGCUGUGCAAUGUGAUUUGGUCAAGAAAAUUAGGGAUAACUGUCCUUGCUGCUAUGGUGCUCAGGAAUGUCCCCUAUACCCAACUGAGUUGGCCUUUGCCUUGGAUUCAUCAGAUGGUGUAUCUCGCUCUGCUUUCAACAACAUGCGUGACACUGUUCUCCGCUUGGUCAGUGACAUCACUAUUGCUGAGAGCAACUGUCCCCGAGGUGCCCGAGUUGCUCUAGCACUCUACAACAAUGAGGUGACUACCGAGAUACGCUUUGGAGAUAGCCAGAAGAAGCGAGCACUUGUUGAGCGAGUUCAAGGGCUCCAGGCUCAGCAGACCCGUAAGCAACGCAGCUUGGAGACAGCCAUGAACUUCAUUGCACAGAACACAUUCAAGAGAGUUCGCAGUGGCUUCCUUGUGCGCAAGGUUGCGGUUUUCUUUGUCAACGGCCCUGUUACUGUCACACAAGAAUUCAGUGCCGCUGCUCUGCGCCUCUAUGAUGCAGGAAUCUCCUCUGUAUUCCUUCUUAACCGUGAAGAUCGUCAACUCACAAGAGCCUUGCAGCUUAACAACACUGCGUUAGCCCAGAUUAUUGUCCUACCCUCACCCGGAAGUGCUGAAUACAACAAUGUAAUCAAGAAGAUCAUGACGUGCCAUAUCUGCCUGGACUUCUGUGCCCCGGAUCAGAUCUGUGAUUAUAUUCCUCCACGUGGAGUCCGAGACCGGAGGGAUCCCACCACUGACUUGGACAUUGACAUGGCCUUCAUUCUCGAUAGCUCAGAGAGCACCUGGCCCGCCGUCUUCUUAGAGAUGAAGCAAUAUGUGGCUCUAAUGAUAGAGCAGCUUGAGAUGUCCCCUGAGCCAACCAGCACUACCCAUCACGCUCGAGUGGCACUUGUCCAGCAUGCACCUUAUGAAUACUUGCACAAUGGCAGUGGCAUUCCCAUCAGGGUGGCCUUCGGUUUGACAGAUCACAACUCACCAAACAGUGUCCGAAGCUUCUUACAGGAUAAGGUGCACCAGCUGGAGGGUGGACGUGCCCUUGCAGCUGCUCUUGAAGGCACUGUUGAGCAUGUGUUUGAGAAGGCACCACAUUCCCGCCACUUGAAGGUAUUAGUUCUCUUGGUGACUGGACCAGUUGAACUGCACGAGGAGAGGAUAAUAAGGGCCGCUACUGAAGUUAAAUGCAAAGGUUACUUCAUAGUGGUGAUGGCAGUUGGAAAGCUGUUCAGUUCAGGUGAUGUCCGUGUCCUGGCCCAAGUGGCAAGCGAACCUUCAGAUGUGUUCUUUAAGAGGGUGGAUAGACCUUCAGGCUUCUAUGAUGACCAUAUUCAGACAUUUGCUCGACUGUUGCCCAAGUACCUCGGCCUUGAAAAUGCUUUCUACCUGUCGCCUGAAGUCUCUACGAAGUGUCAGUGGUAUCAGAGUGACCAACCACACAAAGUCCCAUUCACUUUACCACAAACAGAGGAGAAACACCAGAAGCAUUAUGGACAGCAGGAGGUUCAUGAUACAAAACAUAAAGAAACAGGUAUGGAGGAACUGCAUCUGGUUAACGUCACCUCCAGCGGAUUCUCCCUGCAGUGGUUAAGUGGCGAUUCAAAGGCAACCCAUGAGGUUACUGUGACUCGUCUGAAGGAUCAUAGUCUGGUACUGAGAAAAAAUGUGACCGGCAACCAUCUCUCCAUUACUGAGCUGGAAGCAGCCCAAACCUAUCACGUAGUGGUCAACUCUCAGAAUGUCAAUGGUCAUGUUACCAGAACUUACAAAGGCAUUGUACCCACAAAAUCAGCACAUCCGAAGGUCCUAACUGUAAGUGAUGUGAUGGGGAUUGUGCCCACUGCACCCUUGAGUAAACCAGAAGCAAAAUCAGCAGAACAGAAAAUUCUUAAUGCCAGUGGAAUGAUUGGGUUGAUGUCCACUGCACCUUUGAGUAGUCCAGAUAUUAAAUCAGCAGAACAGAAGGUUAUUGCUCCAAGUGAAGUGAUGGACUUUGGGCCCUCUGCACCCUUAAGUAAACCAGAAAUGAAAACGGCAGAACAGAUGGUUCUUGCUCCGAGUCAAGUAAUGGGGAUGGAGUCCUCUGCACCCUUAAGUAAACCAGAAAUAUUUAACAAUUUUAUGGACCCAUGCUCACUUGACUUUGACACUGGACUGCCAUGCAAAGAUUACCAAGCUAAAUGGUACUUUGACAGAAAGAAUGGAUUCUGUACACAGUUCUGGUAUGGAGGUUGUGGAGGAAAUGACAAUAGGUUUCAGACUGAGGCUGAUUGCCUCAAACGCUGCAUGAAGACAGUGGCUGAGUAUAAAGCAAGUGACAAGCAUGUCAAAACUGUUCUCCCCCCAGCACCAGCUACAGCUGGCUUGCACUCUAGUGUGGAUAUCUGCAAGCUACCAAAAGAAGAAGGUUCCUGUGCUAAAUUUGUGCUUAAAUGGCAUUAUGACCCACUUAGUGGAAACUGUACUCGCUUCUGGUACGGAGGCUGUGGAGGGAACCAGAAUCGCUUUGAUACACAAGAUGAGUGUGAAAAGGCCUGUGGAAAAGCAGCACCUGUAAAAGAAGGGAUCAUUGCAGCGGUUAAAACAUAGAAACUAAUGAAGACUGUGAGCUAACCACUGACGACAUUUAGAGGAAAUAGCACCUAAAACUAGAAGCUUCACUACAGCCAAGAUGCCUGCACUGGAACCUGCCAGAGGAUUUGAUCCAAAGAAAACCUUGAAGUAGUAUUUUCCAAAUAAGAAAAAAGCAGAACAAGUUUCUUUGUUUCGUGCUGGUGCUACAAUCAGUUUCUUUAAUAUUUUUAAAUUGUUUUAUUUUUAAUGUGUGUUUGGGUUUGUAGGAAACCCAGUGUAAAUGUCCAGGGAAAAAUAGACAACAUUUUUUUUUUUGGAUUUUUUUUUGUUUAAAUCACAUGGUUUGUUUGUGGAAAUAGUUUGAUCAAAACAUAUCAAUAAAUCUUUGUAGUUACGAGACAGGUUCAUGACAGUUUACUUUAAUUUAGUAAAGUCUGCUCCUACUGCAGUACCCUCAUUAUGUUUUUUUACUGCUUGGAAGGAAUAAUCUUAAUUGCUCUUUUUGGUCAUACCGCUGGAGAUCUCCACUGAAGAUCCCCUCUGAAUCUCCAUGCAUGCUAUGUUGAUGUUUUCAAAUUAGGUAAUUAUAAAAUGACCAUCAUCUGAAAAAACUAUGCACUUUUGGAAUCAUUGCCUUACACACAAGUUUUGAUUAAAAAAAAAAAGCAAUUGGAAUGUAC